UUGUCUUCUCCAUGUUCACACAUUCCAGAGAAGCUGGGGUCUAUUCUGGUCUCGUUAUCAGAAGCACAGUCAGAGCUGCUGGAUGCCUCCGUCUGUCUCACUGUGUCCUCGUCAAAUACAAGGAAGCAGCAAAGAGAGAAGCCAGCAGCGCUCUGUUCCACCAGCUGCCUGAGACUCUGGAGACGCUGCAUGUUAAAGAGGUUACCGAGCUGCAGAGCGAGAACAAGUACAAGGAGAGCGGGAAGAGGUUGAUGUCGUCCAGUUUGUACGCUCAGCUGCCGCAGACGGCCGAGACGCAGCUCGCCGCCAAGAUGUCGGACCUGCAGAGUGAGAGCAAAUACAGAGAGGACGGGAUCAGGAGCCUCGCUCAGAGCUUCUACUCUCAGCUGCCGGAGACGGCCGAGACCCAGCUCGCCAGAACGGUCUCUGAGCUGCAGAGCGGGGCCAAGUACAAGGAGGCGAGCAGGAAGGAGGCGAGCAGCUGUCUGUACCAUCAGCUCCCUGAAACUCUGGAGACUCAGCAUGCGAAGGAGGCGGCUGAGCUGCAGAGUCAGGUGAAGUACACAGAAGGGAAGAAAGAGCUGAGCACCAACCUGUACUCUCUGCUGCCGGAGACGGAGGAGAUGAAGUUAGCGAAAGCCGCCAUGGAGCUGCAGAGCGAGAACAAAUACAAGCAGAAAGGCCGACAGGAGAUCAGCAACAGUGUUUUCCAUCAGAUGCCAGAAACCAAAGAGAUGGAGUUUGCGAAGCAGAUGUCUGAACUUCAGAGUGAGACCAAGUACAAGAAAGACAAAGAGGAUCUGCCCAACUCUCUGUUCUCGCUGCUGCCGGAAACUCUGCACACUCAGUUUGUCAGAGAGAUGAAUGAGACGCACAGCGAGAGCAAAUACAAGGAGGCCGGUAAGAAGGAGCUGGAGAACAGUUUGUAUUCUCUGCUGCCUGAGACCAAAGAAACUCAACAUGCCAAGGAGCAAACUCAGCUGCACAGUGAGAAAGCGUACAGGGAGGAGGGUAAGAAGGACGCCGGCUGCAGUCUGUACGCCCUGAUGCCCCAAACCAUCGAGACCGUCUUCGCUAAAGAGCAGAGCAAGACGCAGAGCGAUGUGAGUCACGUCUUCUGUUUUAAAAGAGACAUGAGAUGUUUCACAAUGUUAAAGAAACAGAACAAUGAUUCCUGGAUCCUUCCAGCUGGUUUGCUGCUGAUCUGUAGCGUUCGUACAAACUAACGCUCUAGCGCUCGU